AGAAUUUGUGGUAGGUUGAAAUGGCGGGACACAGGGUUGCGCAUGCCACACUGAAAGGCCCGAGUGUGGUGAAGGAGUUAGUUAUCGGUUUGGCACUCGGUUUAGCUGCUGGUGGUCUUUGGAAGAUGCAUCAUUGGAACGAGCAGAGGAAGACCAGAGCUUUCUAUGACUUGCUUGAGAGGGGUGAGAUCAGCGUUGUCCACCCUGAAGAGUAGUGAAUUCAACAACUACCACUCUCAAAUGUUGUCGGUCUUUAUUUUUAUGUUAUUUUAUGGUUUCUUGACAACUUGCGAAAUAAACAACAAAUCUGAGACCGGAUUUUUGGGGAUUUGUUAAAAAAAAAAACGUAUUGUUUUCCGGAAGAUACAUGGAUGCUACUGUGCUCCACUGUUCAAUUUCAGACAGCUUUCUUGACUUUUCUUUAAAUAAACAGGUGCUUUCAUUUUUCUUC